AUGACAACCAUCACUGACGAAGACAACGACGACAUUACUGCCUACAUUCGGCAGGAGCGACAAAGAAGUCUAACUAAAGAAGAACGUCUUGACAUUCUCCGUCUUCAUGUUGAGCUUCGUUGCGACAACGUACGCAAUGCAUCUACUAAAUUUACGAUCGCACGCCUUCUUGGACGCAGCCGAAAGAUUGUUAAGGAAGUGUGGUCCGACUACUUGCGCACAAAUACGAUAAACGUUGCCACACCACCAUCGAACCAGCAUGCACGACCAACACGCAUACCAAGCACACACGCCGUGACAUCUCUCGUGCGCCAAUUCGUCCGCCCGCGCAGUAUGACCCGAGUCCGGACUGUUGCAAAGGACGUCAUGGCCGUGCUACUCGACACCGGCGUAAUACAAUGUGACGUAGACAGGCGUGUGGCAUCUUGCCUGCGGGUUGUACAACUGCACUUGGAUAGAAUGGGAUUCAAACGAGGCAAGUGCCGUGGCAAGGCGUCUUACAGUGUGUCCGCCGCGCAUGCUGCCGCCCGGGAUAUCUAUAUCAAACGAAUGACGAACUUGUCGCCCGACACACCGGCCAUGGACAGUGUUGAGGCACUCGGAAAGGGUGGCGUCACCUUCGUCAUGGAUAACGCGAAGUACCACAAGGGCUUACCUGCGGACAUCCCUCGCGGAACAUGGCGCAAGGCGGGUCUGCUGCUGGCUUGUCAACGCUAUGGAGUGGAUGUGGAGUGUCACGACUUGAAGAAGACGAUAUGGGGUCGUCUCAAACAUGUACUUUCGGCGCGUGCGGACCCAGUUGUUAUGUCGAUGGCUCGCUCCCGUGAACGCGAUGGUAUCAGUCUGAGGCGCCGCUUCCAAGGCUUGAACAACAAAACGAAGCCAACAGGGACAUCGUACUGCCCUCCCAAAAUUGAACGCGCCAAGCGCCUAUAUUGGGCUAUUGAGUCCAAGGUGGACGUGAUGGAGCUUCACGCUGCAAGUGAGCGGUCGGAUGUUGGGUCCGACGGCAACAGCCCGCAGGAAGUCUCUGAGGCUGUUGAGGAGCUUGUGGUGUCCUCUCGGAUCGGCACGGACGCAGCCGCGUUAUUGACGGUUGUAAAACAAGCCCAUGCUGUCCAUGGCUGCUCGGCGUCGCUCUUCCUAAGCUCGCCGCUGCGUCUGAAAGCGCACCGGUAUCGGGUCCUAUCAUGUCCAUUUUUCUCAAAAUGGAGUCUGAUGCUCGUGCUCGUGAAUUUGAGUGGCGAAAAGAACAGGCGGAACAGCGGGAAGCGUGGAAGCGCGAGCAGGCUGAUCAGCGUCGUCGUGAGGACGAACAACGCCGUCAAGACCUAUUGGAUCGUGAAGAUCGGGAGCGAGAAGCUCGCAAACGUGAGCACCAGCAUGAAACUCUAA